CCACCCAGUCCGUCCCAGCGAGCAGCGACUCCGCUAGGGUUUGUUUACCCACCCCCUCCCGUCGUCGAGAUCCAUAGCGCCACCGUCGGCCGUCGCCCCGCCCACUCCGUCAGCCGGCGCCACGGCGACGCCGUUCCGGCAGCUCUCCUUCCGCCGACGAGCACCUCCCCCCGCCACCUCAAAUCCGGCAGCGAGUCGGGGAAGUCAAAGGCCAGAUUUCGAUACAGGAGCCCAGCAGCGCCUCCCUCACUCCCUCGGCCAGCCGCUCCCGCCCAGCAACGCCGCGGCUCGGUCCACAGCCAGUGAGUAAACCAUGAGCCACGCCGGCAAGCGUACCAGCCAGCACAGGGAUCAUGACAGAGAAGACAGGGACCAAAAGCGAAGGCCGGCCCACACCCAGGAAACCUCCAGUAAGGAUGAAUUGGUUGUUUACCGGAUACUUUGUCCAGACAAAGCGAUUGGUAGUGUAAUUGGCAAGGGUGGCAAGGUGAUAAAUUCCAUCCGGCAACAAACGAAUGCCAAAGUCAAGGUUGUCGACCCUUACCCUGGUGCUGACAAAAGGGUUAUUUUGGUAUAUUGUUAUGUCAAGCAUAGAGACCUCAAGCAUAGCGACAUAGAUGCUGAUGAUGAUGACAGGGAGCCUGUUUGCGCGGCACAAAAUGCAUUACUCAAGGUGCAUGAUGCAAUCGUUGAUGCUCUGGCAGUCAAUAGUGACUCUGAUGAUGAAGAAGCCAACAUUCUUGUACCAGCUAGUCAAGCUGCAAGCGUUAUUGGAAAAUCUGGUUCUGUCAUCAAGAGGCUUCGCUCAGUUUCAAAAUCAUUCAUUAAAGUUAAACCAAAAGAUCCAAGCGAUGUUACACACUCAUGUGCUAUGAGUUUUGAUAAUUUCGUUCAGAUAACUGGGGAUGCUAGAGCUGUCAAGAAGGCAUUGUUUGCAGUAUCAACAAUUAUCUACAAAUGUCCAUCAAAAGAGAACAUUUCUCUCGAAACAUCUAUUGAUGAACUUCCUCCAACCAUUAUACUUCCUUCAGAGCUUCCGGUUUAUCCGGCUAGUAGCUUAUACUCAGUGUCAGAUGCUUCUAUACCAUCUGGACAUCCAAGUCUGUCUAUCUUAGGGGCACCAAGUCAUGGUUCUCAUGUUCCUGAAUUUACUGUACCCACUGAUGCUCAUGGCGGAGUGCCCAUUUAUCAUUCUAUGGUUCCAGCUAUUCCUACUUAUAACACCCCAAAAUGUUCAGGAGAACUAUUGCUGCGUGUUGCAUGCCCCGCCGACAAGAUUGGGUUGGUUAUUGGUAAAGGUGGGGUGACCAUAAAGAGUAUAAGGAAAGAGAGUGGUGCAAGGGUUGAUGUUGAUGAUGCAAAGAAUGACAAGGAGGAAAGUAUAAUCACCAUUGCAUCCACUGAGGCCACCGAUGAUGUAAAGUCUUCAGCAGUGGAAGCUGUUCUUCUGCUUCAAGCAAAGAUCAAUGAUGAAAAUGAAGAUAGAAUGCAUCUUCGUCUUCUUGUUCCGGCUAAUGUGAUUGGCUGUCUUAUCGGCAAGGGUGGUUCAAUCAUUAAUGACAUGCGGACUAAGUCUAAGGCAAUUAUCUACAUAUCAAAGGGCACUAAGCCUCGGAGGGCAUCUUCCAGUGAUGAGCUCGUUGAGGUGUCGGGGGAAGUGGACAACCUGCGUGAUGCUCUUGUUCAGAUCGUUCUAAGACUCCGGGAAGAUGUUCUGAAGGACAGCGUGGGAAGGCAAUAUUCUGGCAAGGAUGGGAAGCUAACCGUUGCCACCACUGAACCAGUGUAUUCAAGCAGCUUUCCGAUGCCAGCAUUAUUACCGUACAGUCAACAAACCACUCCAUUGCGCUAUGAUCAAAGGAGUGAAGUUGAGCGUGGCUCAAAUGUAUUUCCUCGUAGCAGCUUGUAUCAUGGAUACAGCCCCAGGCAGGCUGUAGAUGAUGGGUUUGGAGUACGCUCCUCGUACACUUCAAAGCCAUAUGGAAGACGCGUCCCGGAUAUGGAAAUGUUUAUUCCUGCUAGUGGCCUUUCAAAAGUAAUGGGGAAGCAUGGUACAAACUUGGACAAUAUUAGAAAGAUUUCUGGAGCUGACAUUGAAAUUAUUGAAUCAAAAUCAUCUCAUCAUGAGCAUGUUGCUCACAUAUUUGGCACCCCUGAGCAGACGCAGUCGGCAGAGAAUUUGAUCAAAGCUUUCAUAAUGUCUACUUAAGGACGUACUUCCGGCUGUAGUUUGAAAGGAUAUAUGGGGACACUUCAGUCAGCUCUAUCGGACUCUUGCCAUCCCGUAAUAUCCUUAGAUCAAAACAGUGCUCUCCAUCCCUUCAACUCUCCAAUAAACCUCAUGCUUUAUCUCUCUAUCUUCCUCAGAUUCUCAACCAUGACUUGUGUGGACUUGUUCGUGUUUAAUCGCAUGUUCAGAUAUUCCUAUCUAA